AUGAACUCGUGUGUGUCCUUUCUCAGAGGCCUCCAUCUCUUGGGGCCGAGCGAAGAUUUUUUCAGCAAAAAGCCACGGUCUGAUACACCGUGGUUGAUCGUGGCCUGGAUCAUGAGUGCGUGUGACUCAAUCAACCUCGAUGGCACACCCAAGCCAUCUCAUGUCGAGCGGGGCACCUAUGGGCAUGCACAGAAGAUGCGGGCGUCCAUGACAUACGCAUUUGGGAGGCUUAGUGGUCUAGGCAAUCUGACAUGGCACGAGUCGGAUAUUGGAGGUGGGCUGAUGGUUGGAAACCCUUCCAUUUCCAUCGAGGUAUCAUCCUACAUGUGCUCGCUCCGCAGGCGCAAGGUAGUGCAAGCGGGCGAGGUUGCAAACAGUGCCCGGGCUAUUACCUCGGAAAUAUUGCUAAAACUGUAUCAUUACAACCACCUCCCUGAAAAUUGGACCAUUCGUGCCUACCAGCCUGGCGAGCGCGUGCGUGGUGGC